AUGGAAAUCAGGAAACCAGCAAACAAAAUGAGCUAUCCGUCCUCGGUCCUUUUGAUAUGCGUCGGUCUCUUUGGUUUCUUUUCGGGAUCAUUGGUCACCAUGUAUUCCGGACUGACGAGCUGUCACGAGCAUUACGAUACGGAACGGCUUGAUCCAAUGACGCAGUGUGCUCAUGUGGUGGAACCAAUUGUACAAAAACGAAUGAUGGACAUGAAGGAGAAAUUGUCAAAAGAAUGUGAGGCAAGCAAAAAGAGAGAAGAAGUACAAAUACCAGUUGCAACACAACGACAAGCCAAAGAAAGCUCAAUAUCAACAUCUCAAUCAACAUUUCAGUUUCCUUCCACCAUGUCACGGUAUUUGGUGGGCAUGGCAAGGACCGACAAGAUGGAUUUUGUAGAUACACUGGACUUGGGAGUACCGGUAGACGAUCCGAGCAACAACCCUCGUACUGGGAACAAAGAAAAGGAUGUUCUACUGCUCUAUCAAAAGGCAUCCGCUUUGCCGACUGACUAUAAUAAUGACAGCAGAUCCAAGCAAAAUGACUCAUCUGGUCUCCUCCCAGAGUUUAGUACUCAAGAAGCUCUGGAACAUUGUGAGUAUGUCAAUGUGAUAUUGACGGAUCACUCUGCUUCCAGAAAUCAAUGUUGGGCCAUGGUACCACAGUACGAAUCCUAUCAUGUGCAAAAGUGGAUGCGGGUUCGUCCCAUGCAGGAACUGAAUCCCAAGGAACCCUUGCGUUUGGUCAGUCGUGGUACAAAGUCCACUGGGCGGAACGACUUUGAUCCACCCGCACGGAAGCACAUUGACAAGGGUAUGGAGAUGUUGCAAAACUAUUUUACGAAUUUGGAAUCCUCCUUGGCGGAGCUCAAACCCUUGGUGGAAAAGGUGGCCACUCCCAAAAAGACUGUCACAAUCAUGGUGGUCAAUUUUGGACAAUCGGAACUAUUGGUCAAUCAUGUUUGUGCGUCAAAGUCUAGAGGAUUGGAUACUUCCUCCAUAUUAGUCUUUGCCACGGACGAAGAAUCGAAGGACUUGGCAUCCUCAUUGGGAUUGGCAGUAUUCUAUGACGAGCCGAAUUUCGGUGCCAUGCCCAAGGAAGAAGCUAGAGGUUACGGAGACCGCAAAUUUACGGCCAUGAUGAUGGCCAAGAUCUUUUGCGUGCAUAUGGUAUCCCGCCUCAAAUACAAUAUUCUAUUCCAAGAUGUGGACAUUGUAUGGUACAGCAAUCCUAUUGAUUACUUUGAAUCGAACCACAUGACCUUUGAUCUGAUGUUCCAAGAUGAUGGAGGUCACUCCGUCCGAUAUGCACCAUACUCUGCCAAUAGCGGAUUCUAUUACGUCCGGUACAAUGAACGAUCGGAAUACUUUUUCCAUUCGCUCUUGUUGAGUGGAGAUCUCAUCUUGUCCACCAAUUCUCACCAACAGGCACUCAUUGCUACAUUGAACGAGCACGUCAGUCUCUAUGGUCUGCGGGUCAAGGUCUUUUCACGAGACUCGCCCGACUUCCCCGGUGGCUACCAGUUCCAUCAAGUGAGUGGAAAGUACAUGCGGCAACUCUUUGCGGGAGAAGUGAAUCCUUUCAUUUUCCACAUGAGUUGGACUCUGAACAAGGACAAUAAGCUGCUAUUCUUGAGACAACUGGGGGAAUGGUAUGUUCAAGAUCAAUGCGUCCACAAGACGACUAGUGAAAUUAUGGGAUCCGGAAUCUUUGGAAGCAGGAGUAGUAGCAAGAGCUUUCUAGAUACGUGUUGUGCUGCCGAACCAUUGUUCAGCUGUCACUACCGAGACAAGCCAAGUAAGGAACCAUGCAAGGAUAGUCCAUCGAUUGACAAAGGAAAAGGAUCAUGGUGGAAAUAA